GAUUAUUCAACCAUGCAUUUUAAUUCUAUUUAAACUGCUCGUAUACAGAUUGAAAUGUCUAAUUUCUUCCGGGUUGUACAAAACAAGCCUUGUUUGAACUUCCUAACAGGACAAAAAAUGGAGGACUCAAAUGAUGUUCAGUUUGAAACAUUAUCAGAUGAAUACAGUGCCAGAAGUUUCUAUGAGCAUUACAAAGACAAUCUACCUCAAAUGGUCAUGGUGACACAAGGAUACAUGGGAGAGGGCAUCUUUGAGACUUUUGACAGGGGACAGGUUUUUAGAAUACAAACAUAUACCAAACAGAAAAGAGUGAUUGCACUGGUUGUUUCUGGUGAAAAAGGGAUGUACGGGUUACAGGGAAGACAAAUUAGUAUUCCCGCUGAUUAUGACGUCAAGUUUCACGUUUUGAAACUAGGAAAAUUCAAAGUCGGCAAACCAGCAAGUUUAAAAGAAAUAUUGGAGCGCAAAGAACUCCCGUUGGAAGUCCAAUUUGCUGGAGACGAGACAGUUUUAAUUGGUUCGACAGCAAGAGCGGCAUCUUUUACCUUGACUCUUGUUAAUACAUAUGAGGAUUUCUAUCUGCUUGGGAAUUCUAUUUGCGAUGGUAAACUUUAUGACAGCGUCACAGCUGUUCCUGCAUAUCUACCUGACCUUAGGUUUUCUAUUGUGAAAUCUAUAAAAGGAUACAGCGAUGACCAAUAUAAGACCUUCAUGUCUGUCACUGACAAGUUUGUAAAGGAUCAAAUUACCUUUGACCAAUCAUUUGGUAACACAGAAAUUGCGCUGUAUUCAAAUGAAAGAAGUCAGGAAGUUGAAAGCUCUGUUGUAGAAAGUUAUGCAUAUAUCUCACCAUGUGAAUACUAUAACAUCGGUGACCUUCUAAGACAUGACAAACCAAAGCCUGCCACCAAAAAGGGAAAGAAAGGAAAUGAAAAAGUUUACGAUGUCUUACGGGUUUCAAAGUACGACAACCAAACUUACGCUUCAAUGGAUGCUGAGCAAACAGACACAGGUGAUCUGUCGACGAGUGGAAAGAAAACUGAGGAGUCGACUCAAACAAACCAAAUACCAAAUACGGAUGAAAAGGGAAUAGCAGAUAAAGCUAACACCCAAUCUGAGACUGUAAAGAAAGACCCACCACCAAUACCCCCCAAACCACCCCAGUCAAUAACGGAUAAACCGUCCAUUAUAACUGCAAAUACAGACACCGUUUUGCCUCCCGCAAUCGAUAACAAAACAUAUAUGUCGACUCCAAAAACAGACGAAAAGGUAGACAGCAAAGAUGAAAACAUUAUAUCUGGCGAUACGGGAACGCUGCCGCCUUCUACAGUCGAAACAAAGGAACCUGUUCCCUUAACGAAAGAACAGCCUAAAGGAAGAGGACAAGAGGUAACUUAA